UGGUAGUUCUUCACCUAACAAGAAGAAGCAAAGAAACAGUAUGAAAACAGCACUCUGAACCCCACAGGCUUUCGACAUGUGGUGUUGCAGCAGAGCGUGACCAUGCUGGCCUACAUGGACCACACCAUGCAGAAUGUAACUGAGAAGCCACGUGGCUUUUUUGCCAUGUGGCGCCUAGACAGAGACUUGACAAUUGUUGUUGGCGCCGCUAUAGGUACCUUAGGGUUGAUGUUUAUUCUAGCAUUCGCCGUCCUUGCAUGGCGUUGCUGUUGUCAGAAGUCAGUGAAUGAGAAAGAAUACGGUUGCAAAAAACAGCCAGAAGAAUGUAAAAUUGUGGCCAAGAGGAGAUCUGGGAUUAUUCAAAGUGACUCUGUAGUGCUUGUUGAUGCAGCAAAUAACCAGCAGUAUGAGACUCAAGUGUUGGAAAUCAACAAUAAAUCAAUGCUACGUUCUCAGUCUGUGCCUAUUAGGGAUGGUAAAGGGGUGAAAGAAUCACACAAAAGUUCCUCAAUGAAGCCAAGACCUUUAAGUCAGCCAGUUCAUUUAUGUUAUCAAGCUCCACCUUACCCUCAUGCAACAUGCAGUAACCCUUCAGAGCUAGAUCUUACAGAUGCAGGUGUUGAUGUUAACCAGGUGAUUUUAUCAAGUAUUCCUGAAAACAACAGUCAGAGCCACUAUGAUCUACAAGAUAUGCCCACUUUAAGUGAAUGUCCCUCUUAUGAUGAGUUAGUUGAUCUGAAUGGACUUCCUUGUCAAUAUAUAAUUAAUCCUGAUGUAAAAACCAGAAGUCUUCCUGCAUGGGGUCACUCUCGUCUUCGGCCACUCUCAACUGAAGAUGAUCUCAAUGAACUUUAUGCCAAAGUAAAUUUCAGCAAGAAAAGAAAAAAUCGUAUGAGAAAUGACAGUGCUGCUGCUAUUGCUGUUAACAAGAGUCAGAAUUCUUUCAUAACACUUCCUUUUGUUCACAAGGAUACUGAUUCUCUUGUUGAUAAUGAAGCUAUUGUUAUCUAUGAUGAAAGAACAGCAUUAUAGUAUUACAAUUUGUGUUCAUAUAUUGCAUUGGUUUUCUUUUAAAAAAUUCAAAUAUGGUUUUUAGUGUAUAAUUUUUUAGCUGAAUGGUUAAAUGAGUUAUUUUUGUUCACAGUUACAUAAUAAUUUUGAAAUGCUGAUUUUAACUAUUCAAUUAUAAAAAAAUAUUAAUAGAAAUUUCAUAGUUGUGACGUUUCAGUAUCACAUGAACUUUAUUCACAUAAAAGUAUGAUUGACUCUUGAUGACUUUUCUGCACUUCACAAAAUGGACAGAAAUCUUUAAAACCAUUUUAUUCUUUAAAAGAUGGCUAUUGUGAAGUUUACUUUGAAUUUUACCAUCCUUAUUUAUUACUGUAAGUAACCUUAAGUGAUAAAAGUUUUUAUUAAUGAAAUAGUAUCUCCACAUGCAUAACAUUGUUCACAACUAAAAAUGAGAAAUUACUUUUAUGAGGUUUGUUUCUUAAAGAAGUUAUUAAAGUAAAAUUAAAACAUUCAUAGAUAUAGAAAAUGAUAUACAUAUAUGAUCUAUUCUUGAAACUACUGAUUUUUGCUAUUAAAUUUUUUUUUUUUCCAAUACUCGACAAUGAAAAUAUUGUAUGUCUUUUUGUGUAUUUGCUGCACCAUAUUUACUGUAACUUUAAAGCAGUUACUCACAAUAUUGAUAAUAGAAUUAAAUGGUCCCACCAUGAACACACCCUAUACAAUACAUACAUUGUAUCAUACUAAAGUUUAAAUGACAACAACAGAAAAAAAAGUAAUGUGUGUAGUGAUCUGAAACUUUAGCUUUGUAAAGUAGUUGGUGCAUUGGAAUUCCCCAAAUGACAAAGAGCUGAGCAUUUGGUCACUAAUCCUACACCAUUUUUCUUUACUAAAGUAUCUACAACACUGGAAGAUGAUCUGAAUAGAUAACUUCAAACUUCUCACUCUUAAUUAUUGUCUGUUUCAAUAUACAAUUAUAACAUUCAACUAAAUUAUAUUUAAUAUAAAAUGGAAGAACUUCAGAAACUUCAUAUAUUUAUGGAAAC